CUGCGUCGUGCUGCCGUGUCUCUCUCAGUCGGUUCUCGGGGUGUGAUCUUGUGAUCGUGAGGGUAUCUCAUCGUAAGGGAGGAUAUCUCAUCAGGAACAGCGAGCAGUCUUUGGAGCAGUUCGGUGGAACGGGAAGGUAGAGGACGAAGGUUGUGACGCUUUAUAGGGGAGAGGUUGCCCAUCUUAUUAAGAGCUUCAGUUGUGUCCUCAUAGGAGAGAUUGUACAUCUUAUUAAGAUCUUGAGUAGAGGAUUGGAGGAUUCGAAAAACCUCAACGAACUUUUGAUUCUGCUGGAGACAAGGGGUAGGUGUUUCAGCGAGAUAUGGGGGAGAGGUCACUAGUGUGAAAAUAUAUUAUAUGAUGCCUUUUCAUUGUUUCUACAAUUUCGGUAGUUAUGAAUCAGACUUUGCAAGGCAACACGCUAACUCAGCGGUACCAGCCAUUGGCUGUGGUGAGUCCUUUAGAGGACCGGACAUGGAUUGUACCCAACAUGACCGACACGGAAAAGCUUUCUCCUACUUCAUUCGCCCUAUCUCAAAAACCAGAGGUCAAGCUCAGUGCAAUGCCAUGGUUCCAUGGGAAGAUCUCCAGAGAAGCAGCUGAAACAUUGCUUAACCCAAGAGAAGAUGGCCUCUUUCUAGUCAGGGAAUCCACGAACUUCCCUGGGGACUAUACGCUCUGUGUUUGUUUCCAAGGAAAGGUAGAGCAUUACCGUGUCAAGUAUAAAGACAACCAGUUGACCAUAGACGAUGAAGAAUUCUUUCAAACGUUAGCCCAGCUCGUAGAGCACUAUGAAGAAGAUGCUGAUGGCCUUUGUACCCAGUUGACUAAAAGUCUCCCUAAGCAAGGAAAGCAAGAUUUCUGUGUAGAUACGAAAAAGUUUGUCGAAGCUGGUUGGGUCAUACAGGAACAUGAAUUAGAGUACCGAGAACCUAUAGGAAAAGGUGAAUUUGGAGAUGUGAUGCUUGCAAUAUUUAGAGGAGAAAAAGUGGCUGUGAAAAUGCUGAAAGAUUCCAGUGAAGCAGCUCAGAAAUUUCUCGCUGAGGCGUCUCUAAUGACGUCAUUGAAACAUGAGAACUUAGUUCAACUUUUGGGCCUUGUAUUUGACAAAAGUCAUAUUUCCCUUGUUACUGAAUAUAUGGGAAAAGGGAAUCUGGUAGAUUAUUUGAGGUCGAGAGGAAGGCUGCAUGUCACCAAAGCUCACCAAAUAAACUUUGCUUGCGACACGUGUAGUGGAAUGGAGUACCUUGAAAGGAGAAAGGUAGUCCAUCGUGACCUGGCUGCUCGUAAUGUCCUCAUCUCAGAAGGAGGCGUGGCCAAAGUAGCUGACUUCGGCCUGGCGAGGGAAGAAAGCUUCACCUUGGACUGCGGAAAGCUACCCAUUAAAUGGACAGCUCCGGAGGCUUUAAAACAUGGUAUAUUCUCUAACAAAUCAGACAUGUGGAGUUUCGGAAUUCUUUUAUGGGAAAUUUACUCUUUUGGAAGAGUCCCAUAUCCUAGAAUACCUUUGGCAGACGUAGUGAAACACGUUGAAAAAGGGUACAAAAUGGAAGCACCAGAAGGAUGUCCUCCAGAAGUUUAUGAGAUUAUGAGACAGGCUUGGGAUCUACAUCCAGACAAGAGGCCGAGUUUUCGAGAAAUCAAAGUCAAACUUGUUCAACUCAAGUCUAUAACAGUCUAAGAUAAAAGAAAAAGAAAAAACUUUUUUUUUUGUUUAAAAAUAUUAGUAACUAAAUACUUGAAAACAUGAUCUUUUGAAGGAAACAAUAAUUUGUUAGCUCCUAACACUGGUGAUACGGUAUUUGUAUUAAGAAUUCAAAAAUACUUAGACUUUUAGUUUUAUUAAUUAUUUAAUUUUUUCUCUCAAUUUUAAUUUUUAGCUUUUUUUUUUUCAAUAUACUUACUGUACUUAAACAAACUGUUCACAAUAUUGAGAUGGAUGCACUUUUUUUAUCUUACUGGAUAUCCACAUAUCUUUACUUUAGCAAUUUUUAUUUUUGUAAUCACGUAUGCUUGUUUAGUUAAAAAAUAGGAGCGGUAAACUGUAUCAUAGCAAACAUAAUUUUUUUUAUUAUUUUUUUUUAUUUAAUGACAACCGUUAUAAUUUUCAUGAACCAAAUAUUUUAUGUUGGUAAAUAUAAAAACUACUGUAAUAUCAUGUUUUAACAAGUAUAAAUAAAAAUACAAUUGUAUCUUUAUAUAAAGCAUUCUUCUAUGAAACUUCUAUUAAAUUAAAAAUGUUAUGGUUAGCGAAUAUGGUGGUAGGUUGUUAAUGGUUGAAUUCAGGGUAUGGUGAGGAAUUUCACAAAUUUAAUUAAAUAAAAAAUUAUCUUAUCGUCACCGACAUCAUGAAACAGAUCACUUGAGAUUAAUAAUGAAUAAAAUUAAAUAAAUAUUUAGAUUUUAUUGGACCAU